CCGGCCCAGGCCCUCGGCCGUGCUGCUGCGGGGCCCGGGGCUCGGUGACGCUGGGCUGGCCCCGUUCCGCCCGGGACCGUGGGGGGCUCGGGGGGUCUCACACACCGGCGUGGCCCCGUCCCUGCUGUGACCACGAGCCCAUCCCGGACCCCGGUUUGGACUGGCCGGGUCCCGGUUACAUCGGCGCUGCCCCGGGGCACCUACGUGCGGCUGAAUCCCUGCUCCCCGCGGGCCGGGCAGGGCCGGGCCGGGCCGGGCGGGGCCGCUCCCGGCCGCGGUGGCAGGGCCGAGACGUGUCGGCUACGUGGCCCCGGGGCGGGGCGGGCGGCACCGACACGCGAACGGGGCUGGCUCAGUGGGUACCGGGGAGCACCGGCGGUACCGGGUUGGUGUGCGGGGUGCGUGGUACCGGGGGGCACCGGCGGUACCGGGUUGGUGUGCGGGGUGAGUGGUACCGGGGGGCACCGGCGGUACCGGGUUGGUGUGCGGGGUGAGUGGUGCCGGGAGGCACCGGCGGUACCGGGUUGGUGUGCGGGGUGAGUGGUACCGGGGGGCACCGGCGGUACCGGGUUGGUGUGCGGGGUGAGUGGUACCGGGGGCUGCGCUGGGUGGGCAGCGCUGCGCGUUCCCAGCACCCUCCCAGCCGUGCGAGCGCGUCCCCGCCGUGCUGGAACCGGGGCGGCUCCCGGAGCCCCCUCCCCUCUCCCAGCGCCGGGUUCCCACGGGCGCUCGCACCGACCCCCGGCAGGACCAGCCCCGACCCCGGUGUUCCCGUCCCGCCGCAGCCCGAGGUCGCGGGAUGAGGAAGCCGCCGGUGAUGCCGCUGCCGCUGCUGCUGCUGCUGGGGCCAGCGGCGUGGGCCGCCCCCAGGGCGGGCACCAACAGGCCUGAGCCCCCCGUGGCCGCAGUCGUGGAUCCGUACCCCGACCCGCUGAGCCCGGAGUCGCCUGCACUGCAGCUGCUGUGGAGCGCCGUGCGGAGCCUGGGGCCCCCGGAGCAGGACGUGGAGGCCAUGACACGGGAGCAGGCCCUGCUCUACCUCUUCGUGCUCCAUGACCACGACCAGAGCAGGCACCUGGAUGGGCUGGAGCUGCUGCAGUUACUUGGCACGGUGCUGGCACAGGCCGGGGGGCAGCCAGACCCUGACAUGGUGGCUGCACUGGUGGAUCAAGCUCUGGCAAGGCAGGACCUGAAUGGGGAUGGGCUGCUGAACCCCUCUGAGCUGCUGGACCCCCCCGAGAUGCUCUUGUCUGGUCAGGACAAGGGUCCCCCAGGACAGCCCCCACUAGAGCAGGAGGCAGGGGUUGGAGCUGUGCCUGGCAAGGGCACAGAGAUGCCAAGGCAGGACCUGGAGUUGAAAAGCCCAGGACAGGCAGCCCCUGAGGCUGGAGAGCCCCAGACUGGAGCCCCUGAGGAGGGAGCCCCUGAGGCUGGAGACCCCCAGACUGGAGCCCCUGAGGAGGGAGCCCCUGAGGCUGGAGACCCCCAGACUGGAACCUCUGAGGAUGGAGCCCUCAAGAUGGAAUCCCUCGAGGUGGAAUCUCACAAUACUGAGGCCUUGGAAGCAGAAAUCGUUCCUGGGGCCAAAGCCCCCAGUACUGAUGCCACAGAGGAAGAGGAAUCCCCUGAGGCUGAAGCCCCUGAGGAGCAGGCAGCCCCAGCCUGGAGGGACCAUGGGGAGGGGUAGGCAGUGGGGGCUGUGGGAUG